CUAGCUCCGCCCAGCAUGCAGUCACUCCAACAGACAUGACGUAUGUCAUUGAAAUACCUCUGGUUAUAUAAGUUGCCCAACGUCCAAAUCUAUUGGACAUCUAACGAGCCCCGUAUUUUCACAUAGGCCCUUCUCAAAAUGCCCACCACCGUUUCAUCUACACGGAAUGUCAUCUUGUAUUUUGUUGCGCUGGUCCUUCCGCCAGUAGCCGUAUUUUUCAAACGCGGAUGUGCUGCAGACUUUUGGAUUAAUAUCUGCCUUACGAUCUUGGGUUGGAUACCAGGAGUCUUGCAUGCAUGGUACCUCAUUUCUCGGAGCGAGGGAGCAAUGUAAUGACGUCAUAACGUCAUUAAAAUUAUCGGCGCAACGUUUUGCAAGGAGCUUAGAUCAAGUAGAAUCUCCGAGCAGAAUCUCUCCACGGUGACGGGGAAAUUGGGACUCGAUGAUGUGCUGUUCAAGUUGUCAACUGGGCCCGGUAUCUGUGUACGACUAUCUAAUAGUGAUUAUCAAUUCGGUUCGAGUCAA